CCCGAACACACACAGCUGGUCUGGGUCCGAACCGUUCAGAACCGAGCCUCCAUCUCCGAACCCAGCUGUGGAUCAGAACCGAGAGGUAGGAAGGCGCUCCGCUUUUAUUCCUCUUCUGGGUUCCGGUCCACGUCCCAGAGCUCCGGGUCAGGACAGACCCGGCAGGAACUGAACCAACGAUGACCCUGGUUCUGUCAGUGAACCCUUUCCUGGACCCAGAGGGAGAUGCUCCGCUCUCUGCUUACCCCCCCAUCUGGGGCACGGAUCGGAGCAGGAAGACCCGGCUGGCUGACCCGGACCCGGCCUGCAGCUCUCCAGAAGCUUCCUGUAGAAGAGGUCCUGAUCGGGGCUCCAUGUCCAGAUCCGCCUACUUCAAGAGGAAGUUUGCUGCUGAUGAUGAAGCUCCUCUCCUCAGCUUUCGGACCUACUGCCAACCUGUGGCGCCGGUCCAGGAGGAGCGGGCUCACGUUCUCCGUCUUUCUCUCGAGAAGAUGCGAUACAUGGACGACCCUGAAGUGUUCCUCCGUCGCUCUGUCCUCAUUAACAACCUCCUCCACCGUCUGCGAGCUGAGAUCCUGCUCCCGAGCGCCAACUGGUGCUUCCCACCAAACCCGGUGCUCACCAGCGGCCCCUGGAACCUGCCGCCCACCGCCGGCUCAGCUCACCAAGCUCUCCACAGGGCCCUGCCCACCCGGAUCUGCCUCCCGCCACCGGCUGGCCCGCCCCUCAGGAAGCGGUUCCGGGUGGUACCAUCAGGGCCGGGCCCGGACUGCUCUCAGACGUGCUGCUGUGUUUACGAGGCGGCGGGUCACUACCUCCAGCUACCGUUCUCCAUGUACGAUGCUGCUCUCUCUUCCACAGGCAGCACCUCAAAGCUCCAUCUGACCGGACAAGGAAAACCAGGGCCGAGCACGGACAAAGAGGAGGACAAAGAUGCCGAGGAGGAGGAGGAAAGGGAGCAGGAGGUACAGACUGAUAAACCUAGACCUGAAGAGGCUUUUGCUUCUCACCGCAAGUUCAGCCGAAGGACUAAGACUUUGGAGGGUCGUAAGGACAUGAGGACAGAGGGCAGCCGCAGGACAGGAAGAGCAGGAGAAGAACGAGAGCAGGAGGGGGAAGAAGAAGAGGAGGAGGAAGAGGGUUUUGGACCUUGUUUGUGGGAUUCAGAGAGAGAUCUUCACAAACGAUUAAAGUUGUUACCUGGCAGAGCUCAAAGACCUUCGGUCCUCCUGGAAUGCUCUGAAAACAGGAACCUUCUGAUUGGAUGAAGCCUCAUGGCUCAGCGUCUCCAGAACCACGCCUGUCUGAACUGGUCUCCGCUCAUCGGGUUUCCUACUGCGUGUUCUGAUGCUGCCUCAGGAAGCAACAGUUCUGCAGCAGCGCCACCGUGCAGAACCUUUAAAGUGCCUUAGCAUUCCCAGCUCCAUGCUUACUGUGGAUGCUGACCACCUGCCAGGCUGGUGGUCAGCAUCCACAUCUCCAAACCUCAGCAUCUUCUAUUAGAACCAUCACUUAGAGGAGAACUGGACCCAACAGCAUUUAGACAAACAGGUAGAAGUUCUCUGGUUCGUAAAGACUUUAAAUGAAAGUCUGGUAAAAAUGGUUCCUCUGAGGCAGCAGCUGCUUCGCCUCCUUUCUUCUGAACACAUUUUUCUGUAAUUCUGAAGGAAGUUUAAAUGUUUUUAUUUAAUUUAAUUAAUUGAUUUAUUUUACUCUGACUUGAAAUGUGAUUAUAAAUCUAAGAUGGAAAGGAACAGUCUGUCUUUGUUUUCCUUGGUUUCUCUUCUUUUAUCCAAAUUCAUCAGCAUAUUUGAACUUUGACCCUUAAGGAGAAUGCUCUUUGUCUCAACAUAAAGUGUUGUUUUUCUGACAAACCCUAAAAAAGAGACAGUUUCUUAUUAGUAUUAAAGACAAGAUGUCCUGUUAUCAAAUAGAAGGAAAAA